AGGAACGUUGGGGAGAAGAAAGGAGCAUAGGAGAAGAGAACUGGGGAGACGCGAGGAGUGGAGAGGAGACCUGGGGAGACGCGAGGAGCGGAGAGGAGACGCCGGAAGAGGAGGAGGAGACACAAGGAAGGGCCACGUCUGUCACCCACCUGGAGCUGGAGCUGAGCUACGAGGGGAGGCGCGUGAGGGGCUUCACCUGUCGGCUAACGCGCUGUGCGGAGGGAUACGUGCCCGAGACGGCGGCACACAUGGCCGCACAGGUGCUGCUGCCGUACCUGCUGGCCGGGAUGGGAAUGGUGGGGGCCGGGAUGCUCAUGGAUACCGUGCAACACUGGGAGGUGUUUAAGGAGAUCUCGGAGGUGUUUAUCCUGGUGCCCGCACUAGUUGGGCUGAAGGGGAACCUGGAGAUGACCCUGGCCUCUCGCCUCUCCACUGCGGCCAACACAGGACAGCUGGACGACCCUAAGCAACAGUGGAGGAUGGUGUGCAGCAACCUGGCUCUAGUUCAGGUGCAGGCGACAGUGGUGGGUCUGCUGGCGGCGGUGGGGGCCGUGUGUCUGGGAGCGCUGGGUAAGGGAGGUCUGCAGCUGGAGCACGCAGCUGUGCUCUGCGCAAGCAGCGUCACCACCGCCUUCAUCGCAGCACUGUCCCUGGGCCUGGUGAUGAUCGGCGUGAUCAUUGGCUCACGGAAGGUUGGCAUCAACCCUGAUAACGUGGCCACGCCCAUCGCUGCCAGUCUGGGUGACCUCAUCACCCUGUCGCUCCUGGCGGGGGUCAGCAGCCUCCUCUUCCAGGUCAAAGAGAUGUGGUACCUGUCCCCUGUGGUGUGUGGCCUCUUCCUGUCGCUAAUCCCCUUCUGGUUGGUUGUCGUCAACCGAAGCCCCGCCAUCAGGGAAGUGCUCUGCACCGGUUGGCAGCCCGUCAUCGUGGCCAUGUCAAUCAGCAGCAUUGGAGGACUGAUACUGGACCGGACCAUGAGCGACCCAAACUAUGAGGGAAUGGCCGUCUUUACCCCAGUCAUCAAUGGAGUAGGGGGUAACCUGGUGGGGAUCCAGGCCAGUCGCAUCUCCACCUACCUGCACUUCUGGAGUGUCCCGGGCGUCCUCCCCCACAAGAUGAGGCACCACUGGCCCGACCCCUGCGUGACCUUCUGCUCAUCAGGAGUGAACUCGGUGUCGGCCCGUGUGCUUGUGGUGUUGGUGGUGCCUGGUCACCUGGUGUUCCUCUACACCAUCUACCUGCUGCACGGAGGUCACGUGACUAUCACACCUAUCUUCAUCUGCUGCUACCUGGGGGCCGCGUUACUGCAGGUGGUGAUCCUGCUGUACGUGGCUGACCUGCUGGUGAGGGGGAUGUGGCGGCGGGGGCUGGACCCGGACAACUUCUCCAUCCCCUACCUGACAGCACUGGGGGACCUACUGGGCACCGGCCUACUGGCACUCAGCUUCAGGGCAGUGCUGCUCACACAGGGGACUGACGAUGGACCGAGCCAUGAGCCAUGA